ACAACUAGGCAAGCCGGUUCCAGUCUUAGCGAGAGACACUUCUCAUCGCACGCUGUCUGCUCACCCACUGCUACAGGCAGCACAGUCGAGCACGAUGGGCCUCGUUCCAAAGUUCUCCAUGGGCUGCUUCUGCUGCACUCUCAAGACGGGCAGCUUCGUCACCGCCGUCUUUCUACUGGUGGGCAGCUGCGUCCAGGUCGGCUACUACGCUUUCCUGGUAACACACAUGAAUCCGCAGAAGAUGUGCGUCCGAUAUGAAACAGUAAUAGUAACAGUACCGCCACCUGUGCGCCGUAGCUAUGACUAUGACUACUAUGACAACGGGAUCUACAACUCACGGCGAGGGAGUUACAGCGACAUACUUCUUAGGUUCGGGGGCUAUGACCCAUAUCCUCCCUCUGAGGAGAGUGGCAAACCAUAUGGAAAGGACGCAGCGAAUACCACGGACGGUGGGCCAGCGAACUCUAGCUAUGCAGCCAACACCACAGAUGGCGAGCAGACAAACUCUAGCUACGCAGCAAACACCACAGGUGGCGAGCAGACAAACUCUAGCUACGCAGGCAACACCACAGGUGGUGAGCCAACAAACUCAAGCUAUGCAGCCAACACUACCGAAGCUACGCCAACAAACUCAAGCUAUGCAGCCAACACCACAGACGCUACGCCAACAAACUCAACCCAAGCUGGCUCUAAAGCUGGCGGCGGCAGGUCGUAUUGGCCGCGCAACCCUUGGAGAAGUCGUGGCUGGUUUGGAGGUUUCUGGGGAUUCCCGUCAUUCCCCUUAUACCCCCGAUACCAACCUGAAACGAGAUCGUACCUGAGGCCCUGUAUUCGGGACUAUAAGCCUUUCGACGCGGAUAACGGCGUUCUGGACUUCGACCUGAGAGGACAGUUUGACAAGUCAAUCCUGUACUUCAAUAUCGGCAUAUGGGUUGCCAUGAUGGUUGCCACACCACUGCUGAUGGCGGGCGUCUACAAGGAAUCGGCGACCAUGUUGACGGCGUGGCUCGUGGCCGAGGCUCUGCUCCUUAUGGUGGCCACGGCGAGUACCUUGGCGACAGCGACGUUCAUGUUCCACGUCAUCCCCGUCCAGAUCCCCAUCGUCACGCUGCUCAACAUGGCCAUACAUCUCGGCAUUAACGUCUACUACUGGAUGGUGGUGGUCAACUUUCGCCGACAGCUGACAACCAAAGAGGAAGACGAAGAGGACAACGACGACAAGCAGAUUGAACAAGUGAUAGUGUGACAACGAGGCAGAGGGCAGGGUGCGUUCGAACUGGGCACUUGGGCCUGGUAUGAGGUCCACCUAGGUUUCGUUUCUGUCUCAACAGCUAUGUGUACGUAGCGUGUGUAGGCAUGCAACGUGGGUGCUGGCUACCGACGAUAUACCAAUGAAUAAUGUAGCAUUAUAAAUCUGAUAUAAUUAAUUUUCCCUUCAGACGUUUGAGUUUCAUCUUUAUCUACGAUAAUAAUGGAAGCUGAAAAAGGCAGGCAUGCCAACCAUUACACCACGACAAAACUAUAGUUAACGUAACUCUACGGGCUACCCCAGUUAGCGAGGGCAUUGUACAAACGGGGUCCGUGCAGGUAUGUUAGCUAUAGUGCUGUGGUGACGUAAUGGCUACUGUACCUGCCUAGUAAGCAAGGAGGCCCGGGUUCAAGUCCCAACCAUGGUACAAAUUUUAAUUCAUUUCUUCAGCUUCCAUCAUUAAUGUAACAUUAGUUCUGCAAUAUAUGCCAACAUGGUACAAAUUUUAAUUCAUUUCUUCAGCUUCCAUCAUUAAUGUAACAUUAGUUCUGCAAUAUAUGCCAACAUAUUUGUAAGUACGAAUUCUUAAAAGAUUACUCUACAGAAUGUCUAACUCCUCAUGAAACUGGAUAUAUAAAGAAUUUUAAGCUCGAGUGUAUCAGUUUCUUAGUUAUUUAUUACUUUUUACUGUUAACUGAAAUCAAUACAGCGGGAUGGGCGACUUCCAAGACGUGACUGAAAUUACAUGAGAGCUCGUCGAGACUGAAUUAUCGCACAGUUUGGGACUAAGAAAGUUUCACACAGCUUGUAACACAUUUCCAACGAGAUCGGUAGUAACAGCUCUUGAGAAAGAAGGCGUCGGUACAUCCUAUGUUUCGAUACUGGUGAAUGCAAGCGAUAAUGCUAAAGCUUCAUGAGAAAGAAUCCGAGUAAGGAGAUUACAUAUAUGUAAAGGUGGACGAAGCAUUCAGAACGUCCAACUACGAAAACGAAGAAGAAAUACAUAUAUCACCAGGUAGCAUAAGCUUAUUUAAACAAGUUAAGGAGAUUAAGUUAUGCAAAUCCGAUGCAUUUUUAAGACAGAUCGGAGAUGUGGAAGCACCAUGUAACCUAUCUUCUAGAAAUUUAUCCGACUAUUUCUCUAGGGCAUUAUUUUAUUUUCGUCUAGUUUAGUUACUAAUGUCCUAACAUUAGCGUUGUAAGAAACACUAUAUCUUUAAGGCUUGUAAAAUUACUAAUUACUGAAGAAAAUGUAUUUGAAAUUAAAACUGCUAAC